GAGAACAUCGUGUUGUUCGUGAUCCGUUACAAACGUUCCCCAAUCAAAUCUAACCAUGUCUGGCCGUGGAAAGGGAGGAAAGGUAAAGGGAAAGGCAAAGUCCCGCUCCAACCGUGCCGGUCUUCAGUUCCCCGUUGGCCGUAUUCAUCGUCUCCUGCGCAAGGGUAACUAUGCCGAGCGCGUCGGUGCCGGAGCGCCCGUGUAUCUGGCAGCCGUCAUGGAGUACUUGGCCGCUGAAGUGCUUGAGUUGGCCGGAAACGCUGCCCGUGACAACAAGAAGACGCGCAUCAUCCCGCGUCAUCUGCAGCUGGCCAUCCGCAACGACGAGGAGUUGAACAAGCUGCUGUCCGGAGUAACCAUCGCUCAGGGUGGUGUGCUGCCCAACAUUCAGGCCGUGCUGCUGCCCAAGAAGACCGAAAAGAAGGCUUAAACUGUAUGACAAAGCUUCCUUCAUCUCAAACCCAAAACCGUCCUUUUCAGGGCGACAAAUAACUUUGCCAAAGACAUUUUAUUCGAUUCAUGGUGCUAUGGGACUACCAGAAGUAAGAACAUUUUCUAAUAUAGAACGGUGCUUGAAAGAGUGCACAAAAUGUAAAUGAAAAAAUGUGCCUUCCUUUGGCACAAAAAGCAUCAUUUACUGUUUUCAAUUGUCUAACCCUGCAAAUUAUGUAAAAUGCAGCAUAUCAGAAGCGAUGUGUUAAAUUUUCCAGGUAGCUUGGUAAAGCGGGUUGGUUUUACCAUAGCAAAUGCAAGCAGUGAUACCUGUGUGUUGACCUUUUUUCUGGAAACGCUAAAGGACACUUAUACCUGAUUUAUCGUUAACCACGGGAAAAUGUUAAAAGUGUUGGUCGAAAAAUGUUGUCUGUUCAGGUAAGGCUAGGUUCUCUCAAAAGUUUGACUUGGCAAAUUUAUUGGGAAACGUUGAAAAUGGCUUUAAAAUAGGUGGACCAAAGAUUAGGAACAUUCAUAUGAUAUACAUACUCAAUAAUGUUUCCCUUCACCCUUCAUUUAAAUAAGCAUAUAAAUAUAUGUAGCAUUUUAUACUAUUUUUUUAAACAAUAUUUUCAUUUGCAAUGUAGGAAUGCCAAUAAAAUACAAUAAAUUGAAAUUCCCCUAACGCAUAUGAAACUCCACAUUCAAUAACGCCAUCUUGUGGUGAUCAAAGUCCCUGCAACCAGUAUUAACGCCAUCUAAAUAAUUGGUAAAAGUAAGGCUCAGCCCUUUACGUUACAAAGAAAAAUUGUUGUGUCAGCUUCGCGACCGGCCAGUGUACACCUUAUAAAUUUUAAAAUAUUUUACGUUCCAAUGAAAACAUUUGUUAUUUGCUCGAGGAUAAAUCGAUAUCAGUGAGAUUAAAUUAUUUAAUUACAAGUUAAAAAGAUUAGGUUCAUUAAUGCACUAUAAUUUAAGCAAAAAAAACCUUCAAAGCUUUUAAUUGGAGUAACGUUGGCAAAGUAAAAAAUAUAAAUUAUUUAAAGUAUAUCCAAAGAAAUUAAAUAUGUGCAAUUAAUUUAAAGCCUAUUAAGAACGUUUAUGGCGAUUUUGAAUGAUGGUUGCUUUGGAUGCGAGGGCUCUUUUGAAAUGGCGCUUAUCGAGCUUAAAACAUCCGUUCAUAAUUUUCACAAUUCUAGUUUUACCAAAAGAUUGGCAAAUAAAAAAUGAGUUUUUUGUGAUGACAUAUGUAAGUUUAUUGAUUUUUACAAAUGUAUUUCUUGAAGUUGUUA